AUGGUUAUCGGUGAAACGAAUUACGGACUGGUUCGCAAAGCCACCGGUGUGGCAGCUUUCGAGCGCAUUCCUAUCCCAACAGUACCUGAUGACUAUCUACUUAUUCGCGUGGUUGCAGUUGCUGUAAACCCCACCGAUUGGACAACGCUUGAUGCGCCCGGUGACAAUGGUACGUUAGUAGGAUGUGAUUGGGCAGGACUAGUGGAAGAGAUUGGGCCAAAAGUUGAGAAGCCAUUCAGAAGAGGUGACAGAGUUGCCGGCUUCGCUCAUGGAGGUAAUGACGCUAGACCACAAACGGGAGCAUUCGCAAAAUUCAUUAUAGUCAAAGGCGACAUCGUAAUACGUGUUCCCGACAACGUAUCGUGGGAGGCAGCCGCAUCUGUACCGUGUGCCGUUGGCACAAUGGGUCUUGGAUUGUUCAAAUUUCUAUCGAUACCCUUCCCAGGACUCGAAGCCGUCCAAAUUUCCGAUGCAGGCCAAGACCAUAAGACUGUUUUGAUCUAUGGAGGUUCGACGGCUACUGGAACUAUCGCAAUUCAGUUUGCGAAAAUGGCCGGGUACACCGUUAUCACAACCGCAUCACCCAAACAUUUUGAACUAGUCAAGGGUCGUGGCGCCGAUUUGGUAUUUGACUAUCACUCUCCUACCGUGGGAGCAGACAUCCGCAAAGCGACUGACGACAAGCUCAUGAAAGUUCUGGAUACUGUCAGUAAAGAGUCUUCCGCCAAGAUUAGUGCCGAAGCACUUAGCAGCAAAGGAGGAACCUAUGUGAACCUACUAGGAGAGUACGAUGCUCCUCGUUCUGACGUUGAGUCUAUUUUCUUUCUCGUCUAUGGUAUCACUGGCGAGGAAUACAUCUUUGAGGGAAAGCGUUGGGAAGCCCAACCUACAUAUCUGGAGUUCGCGAAGAGGUUCUUCCCCCUUCUGGAGAAGCUUUGGGGUGAGGGCAAAUGGAUGGAACACCCACGUGAAGUAAGACCUGGUGGUCUACUUGGUGUGCUUGAUGGCAUGAAGGACAUGAAGGAGGGCAAGGCAGAGUUAUCAGCCAUUGAUUUUUCAUCGUCGCCGCUUCAGCCUCCACCAGUAAAUCACGGUCGCGUUGUCAUCAUUGAAGAUAUCCAUCCCAUCGUUCUAGAAACCCUAGCGACGGCAUUAGAGAUUGAUCCUCUCUUCUUUGCCGAUGACCUAUGUACCCAGUACAAUGACAUUGAGGACUCUCCAGCGCCGCCGUCCUCGGCUCUCCCUCCAUCCUUGGCCCUCUCGGUCAUCGGCGGUGCUGGAAACGACUUCCCGUGGACUCUCCGGACAGUAGGCAAUGUUGAAAGAUCAGUCAGACGCCUGACUGAACUACCGGGACGUCAGCUGGGCAUUCUCCGUGGAUGUUGUUCGAUUUGGAAAAGAACCUUCGAUAAAUACUGGCUAGCGGUCAUACUCGUUGAUUCCACAAACAGUCACCUUGCUGAUGUCAGAAGCAUACACAGCCGUCCUGGGUUUGAACGGCGGCCACUUCACGGCGGCUUUGAAAGAUUCGAGCGCCCGGUCACCUUUUCAGCCUUCCAGUCGUUCCAAGAGCAGCACCAGGGAUCGAGUGGCUAUUUCCUUCACAACCUGGUGCCCUACUUGGCAGCGAAUCCACCAGCCGAUCCCACGCUGCUGAGUCUGGCUUACUACCCACUGCGCGCCAUCAUAGGUGAAUGGAUGCUCUACACGCAGACCCUGGCUCGCUUCCUAGAAUAUUACGAGGUCUCUCUUCAACGGCUUGACGUUAAGGACGCAGGAAAGUAUGAGAUUAUCGACCUCCAGAAGUGGCGACACCGUGCCAUUCAAUCCAAUGCCAAACUAGAAGCCACGCGUCGCUUCGUGAAACAGAAUGUUCCUUCUGAGAAGGAUCAGGAGCUGUGGAAACUGGUCUCUGGGGAUCUGGACUGGAUUGUCGGCAGCAUUCGCAGUUACGCUACCGCCUUAGAAGGCGCCAUGCUGCUCAUUCCGUCGGUAGUGCAGCUGGCGAAUGCGCGCCAGUCCAUGGCCGAGGCCGCGGAUAUGAGACGCUUGACUUGGGUCGCGGUUGUCUUUAUUCCCCUGUCUUGGGUUGCUGGCCUGUUCAGCAUGGCAGAAGAGUUCAAGCCAGGCCAGCAAUUCUUCUGGGUCUACUUCGCUGUGGCCCUUCCACUGAGUUGCAUUCUUGUUGCGGGCUCAUUUGUGCUAUCGGUUCGACAAGGUUCACGGCUAAUAUCUCGAAUCUAG